AUGGAUAAGUUGAGUUCAAAGUUAGACAAAUAUUACACAGAUUGCUAUGAUAAAGAAAACAAAAUAAGAAACAAGGCAGCCAAAAGCCAGACAGAUCUAAAUACCUCUUUGGACGAACAAUUUAAAGAUCUUGAAAUUAUGAAAUGUCAAGAUUAAAGCUACGAAUAUGAAGACUGA